UUUUAUUGAUUUGCUCUGAUGAUUUCCACUGUACUGCAUUUCCAGUGUAUAUAAGAAGCUUUUGAUGCAUUUCAAACACACCCUUUCAUUGCCUUUAUCCGUAGACUAGGGUUCUUCCCCCACUUUUUUAUUUUUCUGGUUUUAUUUAAACUAAAAUUGGAUGAACUGGUUCUUGAAAUAUAACCAGUUGUUUGUCCCUUGCUAUUCUUUGUGUCACAUCUUUAUGUGGGCUCUUGCUGUUUACUCCUAACAGUGUGUAGCUUGAUUGGAUCCUCACAAAGUCAAAUCUUGAGGGCACCCUUUUUGAUCUUAUCUUGGUAGGCAUACAGUUGAACCUUAUUUCUUGCUCUAUGUUUGGAGACAGAGAGAUUUAUCAUGCAUGUUAACUGAUUGUUCAGUUUCAAGCAUAAUUUCACUCUCAGAAGGGGUCUUUAUUGGUAUGUUCUUGGAUACUGGUUUUGAGAAAAUAAGGUUUGAGGUUGUUGGGGUAGUGCUCUAGAUAGAGAUAGAGAGUGUGUGUUUGUGUGUGUGCUGUCUGUUUCAAGCAAAAUUUCACUCUCAAAAGGGUCUUUUUUUAUGUCAUUGGGUGGUUUUUUAGGAAUUAAGGUUUGAGGUUGUUGGGGUAGUGCUCUAGAGAGAGGAGACAGAAAUGGUGUCUAGAUCAUACUCAAAUUUGUUAGAGCUAGCUUCUGGGGAAGCUCCAUCGCCAUCUUUUAGCCGUAUGAGCCGGCGUAUCCCUCGUAUUAUGACAGUGGCUGGGAUAAUGUCCGAUAUUGAUGAUGAUGGUUCAGACAGUGUAUUGUCGGAUCCAUCAUCGUCGUCUUCUCAAAAGGAGAGGAUAAUUAUUGUGGCCAAUCAGUUGCCUAUAAAGGUGCACAAGAAAACGGAUAGUAGUAAAGGUUGGACUUUUAGCUGGGAUGAUAAUUCACUUUAUCUCCAACUAAAAGAUUGUUUAGGAGAUGAAGACACUGAGUUCAUUUAUGUGGGGUGCCUUAAGGAGGAAAUUCAUCCCAAUGACCAAGAUGAGGUGUCUCAGAUACUCCUCGAGACGUUCAAGUGCAUCCCCACCUUUUUGCCACCUGAUCUGUAUAGCAGGUACUACCAUGGAUUCUGCAAACAGCAGCUAUGGCCUUUGUUCCACUAUAUGUUGCCCCUGUCACCCGAUCUAGGUGGUAGGUUUAACCGCUCGUUGUGGCAGGCUUAUGUAUCGGUGAACAAGAUUUUCGCUGAUAGGAUCAUGGAAGUGAUUAAUCCGGAAGAUGACUUUGUUUGGGUUCAUGAUUACCAUCUGAUGGUACUGCCUACUUUCUUGAGGAAGAGGUUUAAUCGGGUGAAGCUUGGCUUUUUCCUGCAUAGUCCGUUUCCAUCUUCGGAGAUUUAUAAGACGUUACCAAUUAGAGAGGAGGUUCUGCGAGGUCUACUUAAUUCUGAUUUGAUUGGUUUUCACACAUUUGAUUAUGCCAGGCAUUUCCUCUCCUGCUGCAGUCGGAUGUUGGGGAUUUCGUAUGAGUCGAAGAGGGGUUACAUAGGCCUCGAUUAUUAUGGCCGCACUGUUAGUAUCAAGAUUCUUCCUGUUGGCAUUCAUAUGGGUCAGCUUCAAUCGGUUUUGAGCCUUCCAGAGACAGAGGCGAAGGUAGCAGAGCUCGUUAAGCAAUUUUCAGGGCAGGGACGGACACUGCUACUGGGUGUUGAUGAUUUGGAUAUUUUCAAGGGCAUCAGCUUAAAGCUAUUAGCAAUGGAGCAGCUCCUACUGCAGCACCCCGAGAAGAAAGGAAAGGUCGUUUUAGUUCAGAUAGCUCUUCCUGCUCGAGGCAAGGGAAAAGAUGUCAAAGAAGUGCAGGAUGAGAUAUAUGCAACGGUGAAGCGGAUAAAUGAGACAUUUGGGGAACCUGGAUAUGAUCCGGUCAUCCUGAUUGAUCAGCCACCUAAAUUUUAUGAAAGAGUUGCUUAUUACGUUGCUGCUGAAUGUUGUUUGGUUACUGCAGUUAGGGACGGAAUGAAUCUUAUACCGUAUGAGUAUGUUAUCAGUCGUCAAGGAAAUGAGAGAUUGGAUAAGAUAUUGGGACCCGAAGCAUCCACCCCAAAAAAGAGCAUGUUGGUUGUAUCUGAGUUUAUUGGAUGUUCGCCAUCUCUAAGUGGAGCUAUUCGAGUCAACCCAUGGAAUAUUGAUGCGGUAGCAGAGGCGAUGGAAUCAGCCAUUGUAAUGGAGGAACCAGAAAAACGUCUGAGGCAUGAAAAACACUAUAAGUAUGUGAGCACACACGAUGUCUCGUAUUGGGGUAAAAGCUUCUUGCAAGAUCUGGAAAGGACUUGUAAGGAUCAUGUGCGACGCAGAUGCUGGGGCAUUGGAUUUGGCUUGAGCUUUAGGGUCGUUGCUCUCGAUCCUAAUUUCAGGAAACUGGCCAUGGAGCACAUAGUUUCAGCUUACAAGAGGACUAAAACUAGAGCUAUACUUCUCGACUAUGAUGGAACUCUAAUGCCCCAAGAUUCAAUCGACAAGAAACCAAGCUCGAAAACACUUGAUAUCUUAAAUAGUUUGUGCAGAGACAAGAACAAUGUGGUGUUUAUCGUAAGUUCUAGACCGCGAGACAAGCUGGAUGCGUGGUUUUCAUCAUGUGAUAAACUGGGAAUUGCAGCUGAGCAUGGUUAUUUUAUGAGGAUGAAGCGGGAUGAGGAAUGGGAAACCAGUAUUCCGGCAGUAGAAUGCAACUGGAAGCAAAUAGCAGAGCCAGUAAUGCAACUUUAUACGGAGACGACUGAUGGAUCAGUGAUUGAACCUAAGGAAAUAUCGAUGGCUUGGUGUUAUGAGGAUGCUGAUCCCGAUUUUGGAUCUUGCCAAGCGAAAGAACUUCUUGAUCACUUAGAGAGUGUGCUUGCCAACGAACCUGUCACAGUCAAGAGCGAUUCAAACUGUGUAGAAGUUAAGCCGCAGGGAGUGAGCAAAGGUCUUGUAGCGAAACGGCUGCUAUCCUUGAUGCAGGAGAGGGGAAUGUUGCCCGAUUUUGUGCUGUGCAUCGGAGACGACCGGUCAGACGAAGAUAUGUUUGAGGUCAUUAGCAGCUCCACCACCGGUCCGUCCAUAGCUCCGAACGCGGAAGUGUUUGCAUGUACGGUGGGGAGGAAGCCGAGCAAGGCCAAGUACUAUCUGGACGACACGGCUGAGAUCGUGAGGCUGAUGAAGGGACUGGCUUCUGUUUCGGAGCUUAUGAUACCUGUAUUGUAAGCAUUCAUCUGUCUGUCUCUCUUCACUUUGGUUUGGAAUUGUAAAUUAUAGACUCAAAAAAAGCUGCAAUAUUGUUGUCUUACUUGCUUGGUGAAGUUUGGGUGAGCUGUAUAUAUAAGCCUUCGAUA